CUUCGUCAUGGCAUCAGCAGACAAUCUCAUCCAGGCUCUUGAAGGCCUUGACGCCAGUUCAUUCGCCAAUGAAGCAGAGCGCGUCCGUGCCCUCGAUGCACUCACUCUGUCUGUCAGUAGAGUUCAAAAACCAUGGGAUACAGUCUGGCAGCACUGCUGGGUUAAUCCAGCGACAACCGCAUGUGCCAAGUCCUUGAUUGACGCUGGCGUUUUCACCAAGUGGAUUGACGCUGGUGGUGGGGAGCGGACUUGUGAUGAACUGGCUGAGCUCACGAGUACUGAGCCCAUUCUUAUCCGGCGCUUGAUUCGACAGAUCUCAGGCCAGAAUCUCGUCAUCGAGACUGCAGAGGAUACCUACAAGCCGACACCUUGGGUCCACGCCCUCACCGCCGAUCCAGCCCUGGCCAAUGUCUACGGCGGUUUAUACAAUUUCGUCAACAACCCCAUGUUCCAAACUCUCCCUGCAUAUCUUAAGAGAACAGGUUAUAAGAACCCGACGGACCCCAAUGACUGUAACUGGCAGUUCAUGAAGGGCAGACAGGAAAACCUGUUUCAGUCUCUUGGUGCUGAUCCCGUUGCUGCAAGGGAGUUUAACGACGCGAUGGAGAGUCAUUCCAAGUAUAAUCUCACGCCUUGGCCAGAGGUAUACCCUACUGAGUCUUUGAUUACUGGCGCUAAGUUCGAUCGAGCAUUGGUGGUAGACGUUGGGGGUAGCAAAGGCCACGAUCUGACUAAAUUUCAUCUUCGACAUUCCGAAAUUCCCGAGGGUAGUCUUGUCCUUCAAGAUCUCCCUGACAUCCUCAAAGAACUAACCAUUCCUGAUACGAUUGCUGUCUGUCCCCAUGAUUUCUUCACCCCGCAACCUGUCAAAGGCGCGCGUGCAUACUUCAUGCACAAUGUCCUGCACGACUGGGAGGAUAAACAGGCAUGCCAGAUCCUCAAGCACCUCGCUGAUGCUAUGGAAGCAGGCUACUCUAGGCUUUUAAUCCAUGAGAGUCUAGUUAGUUCAGCCAAGCCUCUUGCGCGAGUGACGACGUCGGAUAUCACCAUGAUGGCGUGCCUGGCUGCCAAGGAGCGAACAGAACUUGAGUGGAUAAAGCUGGUCGAGAGUGCUGGAUUGAGGGUUCUCAAGAUCUGGAGACCUUUGGAGUCUGUAGAGAGCAUUAUUGAAGCGGAGCUUUCUUAAC